AUGAUUUAAGUACUGCAUUUUAAUUAUUAAGAUGAUGAGGAUGAAGAAGAAAUUAAAUUCAGUCUUCUAAAUUAUCUUAAUGAAAUACCUAAAUAAAAAUAGGGAGUUUCAAGAUAAAUGAAGCGAACUAGAUCAAGUAUCACUGAUGUUGAUCUAAUCAAAGGAGUGUAAUUUGAUGAAACAAAAUUAAAUGAUCCUAUUGUUGAUAUGGAAAAAGCAUUUAAAUUGAUUAAUCAUUUCUAUAAUAAAAAAAAAGAAGGAAUAAACAUUGAUCCAAGAAUUAAUUAGAUUUAUGAAAAUAUUCGUAAUCUCUUCAUUUAGAAUGAAUCUUUAUCAAAUCCAUCAUCAGCAUUAUAAACUAGAAAUUCUUCUUAAUCACCAACAAUGGAUAUGAAUUAAUUGAUUGAAUCAGAUUUACUAGAUUCAUAUAAAAAUAUUAAGUUUCAAUUUGCUAAUUAUAUGAAAAGUCAUUUAUUAUUAAUGGAUGAAACUGUUUCAUACACUACAAUAUUUAGUUUAUUAAGAGAAUUAACUAAAAAUUUAUUGAAUUGUGAUAAUUUUAGUUUUUUCAAUUUAAAUUCAAAUUCUGAGUUGGAAUUAUAUUAAACUAAGACUGAUAUUUUUGAUUAAAUUCCAAUAGAUUAAUCAAUAAGUGAAGAAAUUGCUUCACUUCCAUAGAAUAAGAUUUUUCGGUUCUCAAAAGAAUCUCCAUUGUGUUCAGUAUUAGAAUCAAUGAAUUAUUUAUCAUCUUAUGGAUUAUAUUGCAAUAAUGUAAUCUUUAUUUAUCAUUCUAAAGAAGAUAAAUAAUUAGAUUCAGGAUCAAUAUUGAAGUAAUCUUUAUAUUCAAAUUUUAUUUUAGAAUAGCCAAUGAUUAUUAAUUAAUAGAUGAAUUAAAAAAUAUGUCAACAUUUUUAAUUCAUACUAUAUAGAAUGCCAAAGUCUAAUUCUUUAGUCCUUUAUCAAUCGCAGAUAUGAUCUUAGAUCUAGGAAUUUCAUUUGUUAGAGCAUCCAAAUUUAUUUUGAUUGAAUAAAUGUAUAAUAUAAUUUCAUAAAUGUACAAAAUUGAUAAGUAAAUUUAAUUUAAUGAUAGAUUAUAAACAGAUUAAUAAGAAAUUUAAGUUUGGGAUUCAGAGAGUGUCUACAUUGUAUUUAAGGAUUAUUAAGUUACUGUUUGCUUUAAAAUAUAUUAAAUGAAUUUAUAGAAGUAAGCUGAUUAAAGAAUAUAUUCAGAAGUUAAACAUUAUUAUGAAAAAUAUCUCAGAUUUAUUAGAGAAUGUUUUGAUAAAAGUGCUUUUUAUAAAUUCUUUUUAAGAUCAAAUGAUUCCUUAGUUUUUGAAUUUGAUAAGAGUGGUCAUCUCUUAUUUCUUUCAAGACCUAUACCUAAAUAAAUAAAAUCAAACUUUAAUAUAUAAUUUAAUUCUCAUAUGAUACAUAAUAAUUAAUUAUCUUAUAAUAAGAUUUUUGAUUAGAGUGUUGUGUCAAAUAUUGAAAAUUAUCUUUAGGAUCAUAAUUGGAAAACUAUGAAGGAUAAUGAAAAAUAAUAUGAAAUAUUUUUGAAAAUAGAAGAAAAUACUUAUAAGGGAUUUGCCCUGAUUUUUACUGAAAAUAUAAAAGGAUGGGUCAAAAAAUAAUUUAAAUAAUUAGAAUCUGGAAAUUAAUUAGAUUCUAAAAUCAAAGCAAAAAUUAGAAAAUAAUUAAUAUAACAUGAAACUAUAAAUUUUGUAAAUAAAUUAGAAGAAAAUAAUCCAGAUGUUAAAAAUUCUGUAGCAUCUUUAUAUAUGCCUUUAUAACAAUUAAUUUUAAAAAGAACUAGAUCUAAUUAAGGGAAUCAUUAAGUUUAACCGAAGAUAUAGAAUACUGAAAUAGAAUUUAAGAAAUCAAGAUUUUAAAGUAUGGAAGAAUUAGACUUAAGUGAAUUUGUGUUAGGAAAUUAGGAUGAUGUAAUAGAUACAUUUGAUUUUAAUAUAAUGGAAUUAACAAAUUAAAAAGAAAAGCAUAGAAUUGUAUGGGUAAUUUUGAAAAAGAAUGGUAUUUUAGAUGAUUUUAAGUUACCUUAUGAGAAUUUAUAAAAUUUCAUAAAGGAGAUGGAAUAUCAUUAUAAUAUUAAUAAUAAUCCUUAUCAUAAUUAUGAUCAUGGUAUAACAGUAAUGUAGACAGCUCAUUAUUUUUGUAAGGGUUUAGAUCAAACAACAAAGAAUACAAUCAUAGAUAAUUUUAAUAGAUUUGUUUUAAUGAUUAGUAGUUUUGGACAUGAUGUUGGACAUAGUGGUAAAACAAAUGUUUUUGAAAUAAAUAGUUUAAGUGAUUUGGCUAUUAGAUAUCAUGAUAAAAGUGUAUUAGAAUAACAUCAUGCAGCAUUAACAAUUUAAAUUUUGAAAAAUCCAUAGUCUAAUAUUUUAAUAAAUUUAAAUUAAGUAUAAUUUAGGAAUUUUAGGAAAGGAUUAAUUGCGAAUAUAUUAAGUACAGAUAUGUCAGAACAUUUCACACUAAUAAAAGAUUUUGAAAAUAGACAAAAGAAUUGUAAUGAUCAAAAGAUUCUUAGCAAUUAUAUUAUGCAUGUUAGUGAUUUUGGUGGAGCAGCAAAGAAAAGCAAUAUUUCUGUAAAAUGGUCUGCAAGAGUGAAUUAAGAGUUUAGUAUUUAAUAUAAGUUGGAAGGUGAAUUUGGAUAUCCAUAAUAACCAUAUAUGAAAGAUUUACAUAUUGUAAUAUUGAAAAACUUAUUACUUUUAGCCUCAAGUAUUGGCAAAGUCAGAAAUGGGAUUUUUGAAAGUAAUUGUUAGACCUUGUUAUGUUUUAUUAAAUGAGUUUUUGGAAGGCAAAUUAAAACAUUGCAUUGGAUAUAUUGAUGACACUAUUUAAUAUUGGGAAAAAAUAGGAAAAAAAGGUGAAGAAUAAUAAUUUUAAUGA